UCUGGACAACGAUCCCAGGCUGCGGGACCGCUCCAAAAGGCCUCCGCACCCGGGGGAGCGGAGGACCCGCGAGCACCCGCUCCCAGAGCAGGGCCCAUAAGCUGCUGCUGCAUUCACCUGCACCCUUCGCAGCUGCUGCAGCCCAGGGGUGCUCCGGAGCUCACCCGAGCUGAAGAGCGGCUGGAAAGCUGUGAAAUGAGCUCGGGACUCUCCAGGUAGCAAGCAACAGCCAGAAGCGGGAACUCCCGAGGUGCCAGGAUCGGCCGCGGCUGAGCAUCUUGAGCGCCGGACACCCCCCCCCCCCCCGGGGUCCCAGUGACCUCGCCGCCUGCGGGGCGCCGAUUCUUCGGCAGGUGCGCGCCGCCGGGCGGGAGGGGAGAGCCAUGGAGGCUCUUAGCCGCGCCGGUCUGCAGCAGCAGAAGUGAGGUGGUCCUGCCGGCGUCGGCGGGUCCCGUGGAUCAUGUACGGCGACGUGUUCAACGCCACCAGCGGGCCGGAGGCGGCGGGAAGUGGCGCGCUGGCCCCGGGAGCCACGGUCAAGGCAGAGGGCGCUUUGCCGCUGGAGCUGGCCACCGCGCGUGGAGUGCGGGACGGCUCGGCCACCAAGCCCGACCUGCCCACCUACCUGCUGCUCUUCUUCCUCCUGCUGCUGUCCGUGGCGCUCGUCGUCCUCUUUAUCGGCUGCCAGCUGCGCCACUCGGCCUUUGCUGCGCUGCCCCACGAUCGCUCGCUGCGCGACGCCCGUGCGCCCUGGAAGACACGACCGGUAUAGGGCAGAAGGAAUCAGGGCCGCUGGGAGCUUGGGUCUUGGCCUUGCAGAAAGCCUCCAGCAGGAGCAGAGUAGGGUGGGCUCCAAAGACCCUUUCUGACCUGAAGAAUAAGGGGUGUUAGGAGGUUGCGUGGGUCCUGGUCCUUGUGCCUAAAAGUACUCCCUAGGCGAGCCCCCCCUCCUGCCCCCAAUGGGUCCUGUCAGGAAAUCACCCAGAAAGACACACCCGGGCACUGAAGCCAUGCCUGCUUGUUGAGUUCCUGACUUUGCUCGCAGAGGGGCAGCAGGCACUGCGAGCGAGCACGGGACUAAUCAGGAGCUGUCUGGUCUGGACUCCCCGGCCUAUGGCUGUCCUCUGCAGCUGCUACCACCUUUCUUCCUCCUUGGCUCUGUGGAUCCGAUAGAGAAAUGACUGCAGGGUUUCAGUGUGUCCUGCUUGGGGUGGAGUGCCCAGUUUCCUCUGAGAGCAGGGGCUAAGGGACCGGUGAGGGACAAAUGAUUACAGCCACCACGGGGAGCUGUAGCGGAGAGCCUGCAUCCCAUGCCUCCUCGGAGCACAUGUCUACAAUAAAAGCUCAUCAAAUUAGAUCCAGCGCAGAAAACAUUGAUCAUUGCUUGAACCGUUUUGGGAAGGAAUAUGAGAGGGCCCAUCCCCAGGAGGUACAGACCCAAGGCCGACCCACCUCCCUGCGAGGGUCAGGUCAGUCUGAGCAUACCUGCCCUCUGGUUUUCCUAGAUUUUUGCUUGCUCUGGAAAGUGUUUGUUUUCUUCGGGGUUUUGUUUGCCGGCAGACUCCAGGGAUAACCAGCACCUGAUCUGCUGAAUGCAUUCCUGUUCGCUGGGCCUGGAGAGACCGGAGAGACCGCCUCUGAAGCUUUCAGAGACGAGGCAGAGCCAGGGCUCAGUGAAGGGUAGCGAUGGGCUGGCUGAGCAGUCAUGUUUCUUCCUCAUAUUGGACCUGGAUUCCCUGGGAGCAGCAAAAUGUGACCUAUCCGACCUCUACUAAUAUGUAAGCGAGUGGAUCACAGUGUGAUGAUUACAGUUUAGAUAGCAUUGUGGAUAUGUAUGUUCUUCCCAAAUCUGUACAUGGAGGUCCUGAUUCCCAGACUGGCUGCAUUUGCACUGUGGAAUUGGAGCUUCCUGAAGCCCCGAUCUACUACCCCUUGUUCCCUGUAGCUGAGAAGGCUAUAUGAGCACACAGAGAUGCUGGCCAUCUAUAAACCGUCAUCAGAAACUGAAAUAACCAGAACCUUAAGACUGAACUUCCAGCUUCCGGAAC